GAUCAGAGGGUACGGCACUUUCUCUUUCUCUCACUAUCUUUUCACUUCUCUCCCACCAAACACAAAAACUAAACCCGGUAUUCACGAUCUACGCCAUCAGAAACCAGUUACUAUUUCCUAAAUUUAUCAAGUUUUGCGCUUCUCGUCGUUGCACACAUCGUAUAUGUGUAAUUGUAUGGACGACAGAACUUGGUAUAUAAACAGGCCUACAACACGUGUAUGAUUUAGCAAUUGCAGAAUUGAGGACUAAAGGGUGGGUGGAAAGAAAUGCACGGCAGACAGGCAAGCCAGCUGGUGAAGGAACUUGCAAGCAGUGAAAAGGGUCAACUCAAGCCUUUCAACAUGCAACAUAAUACUUGCAAUUUCAACGUAUUUGGCUCGCUUGGCAUGCUUCACGUGUUGCGUUUUCUUAGUGACCUGUUUGAUCAAGUAAUUGAACAAUGCGAGCAACAUCACCUUGAACUCCAGUCAUUGAUAAGAAAAAUCCAGGAUGAAGGAUUGGACGUGCAAACAACUAGAAAUGCAGACCAUUAUGGAGCACUAAUCCACCACCUGUCUUUAGUUCGCAAUAAACGCUGCCUACUGGCAUAUGUGUACAACCGAGCUGAAAUCAUUCGAAGUUUUAUAUGGAAGGUAGGGCCAGUGCUUCCUGAAGAAAUUCAAGAGAAGCUCAGUCACACAGAGGGAGAUCAUUUUAGGAGAUAUUCUGCAUCUUUAAAUUCAUAUGUUCAGGAAGUAGGAGUUGAUUUGACAUUGGACAUGGUGCCGCCCAAGGAUCCCUACAUAAAGGUGAGAGUCCUCGAUGAUAUGGGUGCAAUAGUACUCAGUGACAAGACGGCCAAUUUAGCACGCCACUCAAUGCACUUUCUCAGACGAACUGAUGCUGAGCAGUACAUCGCUCAGGUAUUUAUCCGGUUACCUUCUUUAGUCAUGUUUUAGACAUUGCAUUUGUUGAGUUCCUUUAACCACAGGGCUUGAUGGAGGAGCUCACAGGCUGACCUAGAGUUUGCAUAUCCGAAAGUUUUCAAAAGAUGGUUAGUUUAGAUUGACAAGCUGGAGUAUGAUAUGCUAGAAAAUCUUCAUCUAAACCAAGGAAGCUCACUUUGUUGCUCAUCUGGGUUUGAAAUUUCAAUUCCAGAUAUUUUUCAGUCGGGAUUUGAAAUGGAAUACCAUUGAUAGCUUAUUCUGUGUGUAAGAGAAAAGUGUAGAAAAAUCACUUCUUCAUGAUGUUUGGUCAUAAAAUGCCAUUGAUGCAAUGAGUCUAUAUCUAUUGGAACUUUGAUAACAUGUUCAUGGUAGUUUGUGCAGAAGUUUAUCAGAGGUCUGAUAUUUAACAAUAUAAUAUGGAGUAUUUGAAUGUAUAGAUAUACGCUUUUGAAUAGUAGUUGAUCUCAUUAGCACUUCCAUUGAAGUGGAAA